AUGAACAAUCCCGAGAAGCUGAGCAUUCUUGAGCGAGUAGAUCAAUGCGACGAAACCCAGGCAAAGAGGGCGCUCAAGCACAUGAUCCUCAAGUGUAGCACCAAAACUUCGACAAUCGCAUCUGCCAUCAAGGAUGCCUUGGAACGGCACGCACCGACUCCCAUCAUUUCAUACCAGGAGCCAGCAUCUCAAGAUGAAGAUGAGACGGCUACUGUGAAGCCUGAGAAGAAGAGCCACAAGAAGAAGAACGAUCAUGGCAAUCAAAGUGACAGCAAGGAAGACAUAUCAACCCCCACAUCGCGAAUGCAUCGCAAGACCUCUCGUGGAGACAUCAAUGCUGAUCCCGUCGUGAGCGAGCUGAUCCUGGGGGAAACGAAAAUUAAGCGCGAUAAGCGCAAGAAGCAUCGUAAGGGAAGAGAUGACCGCGAUGAGCAUCAGAAGAAGCCCAAAUCGUCCAAGAGUAAGAAAGCCAAAAAAGAGUCUGGCAGGCAAGCCGAAGCCGAUGAGCACAUUUCUGAAGACUCCGUGAAAAACCCUUCCGGCCAGAACGAUCCGAUCGUCGUCGAUCUUCUCAACUCAUCCGAGCCCGAGAAACGCGACAACGAGCACUCGGUGGAUGAGGAUGAGGAUCUUACUGAAGAAAGCUCAAAUAAUGACAGUUCGCACAAUGACGGCUCAGAUGGUGCCUCUGGGAGCAACAGAGACGGAAACGAGGUUGUAGAUGCUGGACGGCCCGCCGGGGUUGCCCUCGACAAAGAUGUUACGCGCUUUAAAGAUACUGGCAACGGGGAAACCACUGCAGCGAUUGCUACCAAUCGGGAUGAUGGCCAUGUUACUGCUCAGUUGAGCACAAACACCAGAAACAGACCAUCGAAACAGAAAGACGGUAUUUGGUUCAGCUCUCUUGGCUCGACAAGGAAGCGGAAGGCGCCAGAGAGUCAUGUGGACGACGCCAAUAUCAAUCAAACUGCCAAAACAGCUGCUGAUACCCAGGCUCACAAGAGAGCUAUGCAGGAGGACCCGCAGAUCCCACAGAAUUCACCAGAAGAUCGAACUUGUCGGAAGUGUGGUGUGGGAUUUCCAUCGAUUGGCCAACUCUUCAGGCAUCGACUAUAUUGCAGAGGCCUGGUCGCAACAUUUGCUGAUAAUCUCCACUCCGAGCUCCCGCCGACCGGUCCUUCAAAUGAAGCCAAGAAGUCACAGAAAGCAGACAAUGCGGCAGGCUCCAUCGUCACGAAUGCGCCCCACAACACUAUACAGCUUCCCUCGAGGCCCAUCCCAAGAGCCCCAGCAGCUCGAGAGUCGUCAAUGCCUCCGCCCAGUUUCGUCCGCGGCCCAAACAGGUUCCCACGCGGUCCCACUCCCUUGCCAAUGGUUUUGGCCCGCCAGGCUCCGGGCGUGAAGACUUUGCCACCAAAGCUGGAUCACGGCCCAGUGGCAGGUGCCAACCCUGAUCGUUCUUCGGAGUUAAAGUCGCUCAACCAAGAUCUCACCCAGCCCAAAAAGACUACCAAUCCGCCGCCUGGCGCCAUCCAUCGAGGCAACGUUGAGUUUGAGUUUCAAUGCAAAUUCUGCGCAAAGUGGUUCAAGACCCGCGACAACUUGCCUGGUGCCUGCCGCAGCCAUCCUGCCCCGGCAACUUUCGCGACCGCAUGGGUCUUCCUCGGACCUUUCGAGCUUGGACAUGCUGCCACAGAGUAG